CAAAAGUCUACUCCACCGCAGCUUGACGACUUGCACCACUCUUCCUCGCUAGCUCGUCUUUCGCCAUCGACCGCCUCCUGUUCUCAUGGCGGAGGAAAACGCCAGCUACGGCUCCGAGAAGCAGUACAAGGAUGUGGAGGGCGUAACGACGUCUGAACUACCUGCGGAUCGGUUGGAAGAGAAAGCUCCGGAAGUCGUCAUUGCAAGCCGCUUUGGUACCUUCGGAACGGCUUUGAAUAUCCUCUUCCAGAGGGGCGUAGAGGCCAGAGGCGUCGAGCGUGUACCAGAAAACGAACGUUCCCCUAGGAACUCAUGGAACAACCUCCUGAUGUGGUUCAGUGUCAAUUGCGUGCUGACAACUGUUCCGAUCGGUGUCCUUGCUCAGGAGUUCUAUACCCUUACGUUACCCCACGCGAUCGGCAUCAUCAUUGGCUUCGCUGCCAUUGGUUGCGCUACCACCGCAUUCAUAGCUACACUUGGGCCUCAAACCGGACUGAGGACCAUGGUUAUAACGAGAUACAGUGUUGGCUACGUUGGCGGUGCUAUAUUCUCCAUUUUGAACAUCCUUACACAGUUGGGUUUCAGCGUCAUUGCAGUAAUUCUCGGCGGACAGACAUUACAUGCUGUCAAUCAUAAUCUGCCACUUGUUGUCGGUGUAAUAAUAAUUGGCAUUUGCUCAUUGCUCGUAUGCUUCGUUGGCUACAACUUCUUGCACCACUAUGAGCGCUAUGCUUGGAUAGUCACCUUCAUCAUAUUCAUGAUGAUCUACGGCCUUGGCGGACAUGCGGGGUACCACCCUGAAGCGCAAAAGCCGAACGAGGACCGAGGGGUAGACUACAGCGCCGACUUGUUGUCGUUCGGCGGUAUCAUCUUCUCCAGCUGCUCUGGAUGGGCUCCCGUCGCCGCGGACUACAACGUGCGCUUACCGGCAGACAUCAACCCUCUCUAUGUCUUUACCCUGACGUGGCUCGGGCUGUUCAUCCCCAUCGUGCUCAUUGUUUCCCUUGGCGCUACCCUGAUGACGAUCACCAACGAGGCUUAUGUGAACGCUUUCGCUGAUGGCGGAACCGGUGGUCUCAUUGGCCAGGUUUUGUCGCCGUGGGGCGGGUUCGGCAAGUUCUUGCUUGUUCUGCUGGCGCUUAGUGUCAUUGCGAACAACAUACCUAAUACAUACUCUGCGGCGCUUUCCAUCCAAGCAUUACAUAAAUGGUUCGCCCUUGUUCCUCGAGCGAUCUGGACCAUACUGGUAUUUGUAAUCUAUACCGUCGCUGGUGUUGCUGGCCGCGAGCACUUCUCUGAUAUUCUGUCCAACUUCCUGGCCAUUCUCGGUUACUGGACGGCAUUCUUCUUUGUGGUGCUGUGCGAGGAGCACUUCAUCUUCAGGCGCAAGAACGGAAGGCUCGGCGGGUAUGACUUGACGGCGUACGAUUCGCCGUCGAAGUUGCCUCUCGGCAUCGCUGGUAUCCUCGCUUGCUGCUUCGGUGUCGCUGGCGCGGUGGUCGGAAUGGCCGAGGUUUGGUACAUCGGACCGUUGGCGAAACAUCUCGGACCAUUUGGCGGUGACAUGGGCUUUGAGCUCGCUGCUGCAUUCACGGCUGUCACAUAUCCGCCUUUACGCUACUUAGAAAUUCGUUAUACCGGUCGUUAGUGUUGUAAUCCUGGAUUGAUGUUCUUAAGAGACGCGUAACGCGAAUUGUUUGUUCAAUCUAC